AUGUUUAAAAAUUUCAAGAUCGAAAAUAACAAGCAAUCUGGAAUUGGUCAGUCUAAUCACCACAAUGACUUAAUUGUCCGGACUGAUAAUUUUCCAGUUAAACAAUACAGGCUACAGCCUUCAAAACUAAAAGAUACAAGACAUAAGCUCUUAGAAGUAAUGCAGUCAGUUGAUAUCAAUUUUAUUUAUAAAGACAUUGCAAAAGAUAAACUUUCAAAGUCAAUAUUAUUGGCAAGCACAAAAAUAAAGCCAAGAAAGCAGCUAUAGGGCUUUCCCUUGAAUAGCCCGAUAACGGGAUGAAGCCAGCCCGUUAUCGGGCUAUUCAAGGGAAAGCCCUAUAUCUCCUGGAAGGUUUUAUCAUAGGCCUGAUUCCAGAACUUCUCCGUUGAGAAAUGAAAAUGACUCUUCAAUGAAUGUGAGAGGUUUCAAGUCAGAAAAAAUCAAAAAAGAAAAUUUAUCUACUAGUAAAAUUGGCACAAAUAGAAGAAUGGCUUCAAAUAAUUCUAAUGUAAAUUCGGUAGCUCAUGAAAACUGAAAUCAUUUAGAUGAGUCUCGGCCAGGCUCAGCUGCAAAUUUCCCAUUAAUUACGGUCUGUAGUAAAGGAGAAUCGAAUUUGCACUGACUAUUUGAUCAAGCUAAAGCUGCCAAUCAUUGCAGAACACAGAGUGAGCCAGUUGAUAUUAUAUUAAAAGAGACUCUUGAAAAAACUGCAAAAAGCAAAAAAAUUGAGAAAAUAAAAGUAAAAAUCAAAAAUAAGUCUUCGAGAAUGGCAUUUAAUAGAGAAAACAGUUAA